AUGCAACAUAAAACCCAAAACAUCGUGACAGUACUUCAUAUCAAGUUCUGUAGUGCACUGAAAAUACUCCUCGAAGCACUGAUGGAUAUGCACUCUAGAUCAACUGUAUCGAUCCACAUGUACCUAAACUGUUUCGCCAUAGCUGGUCACCUUUCCGGUUGCGCUGUUGAUGCGUGUGAAUGUACUCGCGGGAUAGUCCUCACUAAACUUCCUUGUGAGCAAAAUUGGAACAUUUACUAG